UAAACAAAGUGAAGUAAAACAACAAAAGAGAGUAAAAUAUUAAAAUAUUUACAAAUUUUUUUGUUUGGAUAAAAGCAAAAUAUGGCAAGUGGAGUUGAAAGUUUUCCAGCAGUGGAUGCUGAAAAAGAAUUGAAUCCACAAACCAAUAAGGAAUUUCAAGUUGAUUCAGUGUCAUCACAAGUUGCUUCCUCACUUGAAAAAGAGGCAAAGGAAAAAUUGGACAAAAUGAAAAAUGAAAAAGAUAGAAAGGAUGCAAUACAAAAUUUCAAGACUGCUAUGAUUAUCUCUGGAGUUGUUGUUGCUGUUGCUGGGGCUAUUUUUGCCAUUACCAAAAAGCUCAGGGAGAGAUCAAAUUAAAUUAGCACUUUAUUUAUUUAUAAUAUAUAGUUUUGAACCCUUUUUUAAAUUUUUUUUUAAUAUUCAUCAAAUUCAUAUAUAUAAAGAAUUUGCUAAUGUUUAUUUUAUGUUUUAGGUUUUAAUGUUUUAGAGUGAAGAGGUAAUUUAUAAUUUUGUUAUGGGAUAAUGUUUAUGAGGACAAUUUUGUGUCAUUUUGAUAGGUGUAUACAUUGA